ACCGCAGUAUAAAUAUAAACAUUACGCGUCGUUAUCAACAAUGUCGCGAUAACACGGUGUUAUUUUCGUUUGUCUGUUCAUUGUUGUGCUCUUUUCGAAAAAGAAAAGUUGGUCGGAAUUCCCGCCUAAAUUCAAAAAAGUACAUUCCAAUGUCGCCUACUAUUUUUAAACAGAAGAAACAUGGCGGCUUCUAGACACUUCGGGCUAUUUAAAAUGUUGUUAAAACUUACUUUCCAGUGAUAAUAAUAAUGUGAAUGCCACUUAAGAAAUAAAGAAAAGUAGCCGGAAGUGUGAAAAAGUGAUUUUUGUAAUAUUGUAGUUGUGUUAGAGAGUGCGGCGACUGAUCUCUGAAAUUCUCGUCUACUGGGUGUUUCACGAAAAUAAGGCGGCAAAAUGGUGGUCGGGGACCCGAGCAUAAAUAAUAUAAUGAGCGGCAUAGAAAAUGCCGCCGGAGUCAAACAGCACAAUCAUAAAAAGAAGCUGAAGCAAAGGUUCGAUAUUAUAAAGAAACUGGGUCAAGGCACGUUCGGUAAAGUGCAAUUAGGUAUUAACAAAGAGACUGGCCAAGAAGUGGCAAUAAAAACAAUCAAAAAAUCCAAAAUAGAAUCCGAGGCUGAUUUGGUUAGGAUAAGACGCGAAAUCCAAAUUAUGUCCUCGGUGCAACACCCGAAUAUCAUUCACAUUUAUGAAGUGUUCGAAAAUAGGGAAAAAAUGGUGCUAGUUAUGGAAUACGCAGCCGGGGGCGAGCUAUACGACUAUUUAUCGGAAAGAAAAAUUUUAAGCGAGGACGAAGCUCGGAGGAUAUUCAGACAAAUCGCCACCGCUUGCUACUACUGUCACAAACACAAAAUCUGCCACCGGGACCUGAAACUAGAAAACAUCCUCUUGGACGAAAAUAAUAACGCCAAGAUCGCCGAUUUCGGACUCUCAAACGUUUUCGACGACCAACGCCUUUUGAGCACUUUUUGUGGUUCCCCGUUGUACGCUUCGCCGGAAAUUGUCAAAGGAACGCCCUACCACGGACCGGAAGUCGAUUGCUGGUCCCUCGGAGUCCUCCUAUACACUCUAGUCUACGGUGCCAUGCCCUUCGAUGGCGGAAAUUUUAAACGUUUAGUUAAGCAAAUUUCGCAAGGAGAUUACUUUGAACCCGCUAAACCCAGUCCUGCAUCCCCUCUCAUCCGAGAUAUGUUGACCGUCAAUCCCAAAAAGCGCGCCAACAUAGAAAAAAUAUGCACGCAUUGGUGGGUCAACGAAAAUUAUGACGUCAGUUGCCUGGAGAUCUCAGAAGAAUUAGCCAAUCAGACGCCCGUUAGGCUAGAUUUGUUGUUGUCUUUGGCGCCGCCCCCACCACAACUAGAAAGUGAUAAACUAUUAGUUACAGGAGAUGUUUCUGAAGAAAUAAAGACUGAAGUUGCACCUCCUACAAGGUCGCAGUCUGUAGGUAGUUUAAUGGAACUUUCACACCCGGCUGAACGAAGAAUUAAGGAGCUUCUGACUGAAGAAAAAGCCACUCCUAAGCGUAAAUUAGAAAGUACUGUGAGUACGGAUCGUGUUAAGGAUGGUCUCAAGAGAAAAGAUAAAAUUAUUAAAGAAAACACGGUAGCUGAUAUUACCGUUCAUGGUGCUAUUCAAGAAAAUGUCUCUUUGGAAGAUGCCAGUAUGUCUGAAGCUAUACCGCUAGAUAAGAGUCUAACUCAAACGAUAUCACGCGAGAUGGACGUAGAACCAAACGAAGAACCCGCUGUCGAUCCGUCGUUACAAGGAGCUGCCUGUACAGAAAUAAUCGAAGAAGCGAAGAAAACAGAAACGAAGAAACCCAACAAAGUAAAAAAGACUCUAUCUACAAGUGUUAGCAAUAAAGUAUUAGAAGGCAUUAACGAGAUUCCUAGUCAAGAGAACGUAUCCAACAACGUAGAUAAAGAAAACGUCCAAGAAGUUGCUCAACCACAAGACAAACAACCUGAGACCAAAAUCGCAACGAAAAAGAAGACUGUGAAGAAGAAAGUCCUCGUCGACAAGAACGAAACAGUAAAACCGAAAGAAAAACCAACAGAACCACCCCCCGAAGAAAUCAAAAAGGAAGAAAAACCCGAAGAAAAGAAAAACGAAACCGAAAAAUCGGAAGACCCGCCCGCCAAGCCCGUCGAAAGGAGAAAAUCGCGCAUCUUCGAAGCCGCCGAAAAGUUCCAAAACAUGAUCUCCCCCACCGAAACUAAACCCAUUAACAUCGAAAAACCAAAGAAGAUCGUCAUCCCGGGUGUGAGCGUCGGAGGAUUCAAGAAAGAAUUCGAACGAAAAGCCAGCCUCACUUCCACGUCGCCGCCCAAAGUCAAAUCAGCCCCCUCCAAGAAAGUCCUGAUCGAUCAAAAACCGGAGCCCGAGCCCCAGCAGCCCGAGAAAGACGAACCUAAACCCGACGAGCCUGUGGUCGACGACGAGCGCCAGGAGCGCGUGAGGAACGCCGUCAGCAUAAUCUCAAGUGCCUUAGAUAAAGAAGGAGCGCGAAAAUCAAAAUCGCGGCCGUGCUGCGUCCGCAAGCCGCCGGUGCCGUUCGGGGUGAGCGGGCGCUCGGCCUCCGGGAACAUCGGGUUAGUGACGACGCAGCCGCUGGGUCCCAAACCCUUCGUCAAGCCGCAGUUCGACGCCAAGCCGGAAGCCAAGAAGGUGGAGGAGACGCCCGAGCCCGUGGAGGAGAACAAGACGUCGUCGGCGGAGAUCACGCUCAAGUCGGCCACGCUGCCGCGGAGGAAGACCACGAAGGCGGAGAUACAGCUGAACUACCCGGUGCCCAAGCCGGCCACUAUGGAGUUUAAGACUGAGAUGGCUCACAACGUCGCGGCGGCGCCUAAGGUGCCCACGCAGCGGAGCGAGGUCGUAGUGCCCGUGGCGGCGCCGCAGAUGCUCAACUUCAGGGCGUCUUCGUUGGAACCCGAACAACUGUCAAAGGGCUCGCCCAAAGAGCGGAUUAUCCCGAUCGCCUUCGAGCCACCGGACGCAACGAGGGAAGGUUUGCAGUCCCCACCCACUAAACCGCCAAUGCCGAGACCCUUCCAAACGCAAAAGUCAACACAGUCCCAAAGGUCGGGCAGCCUGUCGAGACAAUCCACUCAAGACUCCGACACUGAAACCACCUCUGGCGAACCUAUUAAAAAAUCGCCGAGGGAGUACAUCAUCCCUAUCGCCGUGGAAGGGGGUGGUUACGUCACUCCGAGAGCCGGCAGCGUCGAGCCUAGCGAAACCGCAAGUACAACGAGCACCAUGACGAGUCGAAGUAGGAAUAAGUUUGGCAAAGCUAGGAGACUGAAUUCUUUACUCAGCGAUCGGGAUUCGGAAGACGAAUCGCCUUUCCCCAACCUAUACCGUCACAGUUCCUUCGGCAAAGACAGCGACACGGAAGACUCCAGGAAAGACGCGUUCCACCUCCACAGGUUGAGGAGUACGCGUCCGAAGAGGUCGCUUCUGGAGCACACCGACUCUCUCAGCUCUGGGGAGGAAGACGACGACGACGGGUUCGAGAUUUUGACCGCGGAGCAUUUGUUCUCGAAUUUGUUGUCCCGGGUGCGCGAUUUGACGCAAAAGCUGAACGUCGAGGAUGGUGGUAGGCCCGGGUUUCCGGCUAGUCGUUUAUUGAGCCAUUUUGACCACGGGACGAAUUUCUGGAAUUUCCACAAUAGGUUGGACCCUCUGACCAAUCCGUUGUCCAGGCAUUCGUCGCUAGGGCGGAGCUUGAGUCGCGAGCGCGCCAAUAACGACAGCUCCUCGUCGACGCCGUGGCGACGCAGCGUCAGCCGCGACCUCGCCUCCGACAUCGAAAGCGUUUUCAAGGACACGAAUUCGACGGCGCCGCGUCCCAGAGAUAAAAAGUCGAAGAAAGAAAACCUUAAUUUAGCAGAUUUAGAUCUAAAAAAGUUUAAAUUGUCCGACGAGGACGCGUUAGCUUUGUCGUAUCUCACGCCCGGCUUGUCGAGGAGGAUACAAAAGCACUUGCUGUCGCAGCUGGCUCCGUCGGAAGUCCAAAAGCUGCAUCGGACUCUGUCCUCGGGGGAGAGCCCCUACGAGAGGGACGACCACAAGUUCGCUCGCAGGUCAGUCGAUCGCAUUUCCUCGACGCUGCCUCGCCGGUACGAGAACGAGGGGUCCAAGUCGGGCUUGCCCGUCAAGCUACGCGACGAGCUGAGAUCCACGAGUCUCGGCUACGACGCCGACUACGCCUACAAGAGACCCAAAGCUGCUCGCUCCGUGUCGCUACGAGAACCCAAAAACUACUCGUUCAAAGACAGGAGUCCGGACUCGAGUCUCUCCGAGAGCGUGUCGCGCAACGGACAAGACAGCUUCGACAGCUUCUCCUCGCUGUCGCGCCCCUCGUCCUACUCCAAGUACUCCGAUUCCUCGACUUUAAGUAAAUACCUAACACCAAACGGCAAGACUGAAAUCAAAAAACCGUCCUCGUCGCCAAGGCGCAUCUCGAGAUUCCUAAGACCCGACUUCUUCGACACACCGAAAGAAGAAAGCGCUCUAGUCAAAGAAAAGAAAGAACGGGAGAUGGAAACGCAAAAAGUGCUCAAAGAAAUCAGAGACAAAAGAAAGACGCGAUUGAACGCCCGAAGAGAACGAUCGAUGUCUAGAGAAAAAGAAAGAUCCGUGUCGAGAGAAAAAAGCAUCGAGAAGAUCGAAGAAGAGAAAAAAGAUCCGACCAAACUCACACCAAGCAGCGAAACAACUGAUUCUUUGCUCAACAACGUCUCAAACAACAUCAAAAAUAUCGAAAACAACGUCAAAACCUUGCACGACUACAUCAACGUGACGGCGCAAACCGACAACAAAGAAGCGGAAGAAAGCAAGAAGGUGAUCCACGAUUACGUCAACGUGGUCAAGAAACCUGAAGAUGCUCCGGUCGUGAAGAAAACACGAAUCUCGAAACUAGUGCGUCCGAAGAGCUACCCAACCGAAAACACCGACAAAGAAAAAACAAUCAAAGUAUCUCCGGAGAAAGAAUCAAAGAUAAGUCGACUGCGCAAAGGUUUUACGCGUCAAGGUUCCAAAGAGCGCGACAAAACGAAAGAAGACAAAAACGAAACCAACAAAACCAUCAACGAAGAAGAAAAAGGCCACAAGAACAAGCUGUUGCAAUCUAUCGAAAAAAAAUUAGAGAAGUUUCGCUCUUCGUCAUCGUCCGUGAAAGACUCGGAUGAUUCGAAGUCCAAAGAGAAGAAGUCGGGCGUGGAAAGUACCAUCAAGCGCUUGCGCGAGCAAAGCUUACCCAGGAACAUGGCACCCUGCACCGAGUCGGGUUUAAUCAAGCGAGCCGUUUCCGUCGAAGACGUUUCGAACUUAACCUCGAACAAACCUCUCCAAGCGUCGAGGAAAAGCGUCACCAAAAUCUUGAGUCUGUUCAAAAAGUACGAAGAACAAGACAAAAAGGGCGACAAAGUCGUCAAGAAAAAAAAGAAGAGUGCUGAUGAAGCUGUGAUCCAAAACAAAAGUACUGAAAAUAGCGUCAAUUCUAGUCAGGACGAGGCGAAAAAGAAGCCGGAACGUCCUCGUUCGUUGUUACUCGAUAAGAUGAAACAAUUUCAAAGUGGUGCUAGUGUAGUGAGCGACAAAGAAACUAAAGGGAGCAAAGCGUCGAAACUGCCGGUGAAUUCGUUCAGACGUAGCUUGAAUCUAGACGUCGAAGUCCCGCAACCUGUUAAACCCCCGGAAUUAAAAUUGGAUUUGAGUAAGCCGAGUCAGCAAGUCCCCGACGACAACCGCAACUCGAUGACUACCGACGACAGUUCGGUUUUGUUGUCGCCCGACGAGAACGCCAGCGGCGACUCGUGGUCGGUGUGCUCGGACUACCACACCCAGGAGUUGCACUCGCCGGUGUCGCCGAACGGGUUCUCGUGCGACGUGGGCGACGAGAACGAGUCGGUCAUCGACCGGAUCAGGAGGAAGAGCUUCUACACGAGGUUCAACGAGAAGAAGCGGCCUCGGAAGCCGAGUUUGACCCGAAACUACAAAGAUUUGGAUCUUUACAAAGACCCGACUUACUCUAAGAAUCCGUCUGAGUACGACCGCUACAAGACCCCUCUGACGCGUCGAUCGACGUUUUCGUCGCAGGAUCCGGUCAAGAGGGACUACAAGAACUACACUCGCAGUUCGUCGCUCUUGAACGACUACGUCAACGUGCCCCGCUAUCAGACCUACAACGCUAAAGUGAGUCGGCCCACCACUUCGAUUUAUUCGGAUUCUGAAGAUACUACUUUGGAUGAGUUGUUGACGGCUGCGAAAUCCAGAAAAUACAGUUCCCCCAUUCAACCAUCCACUUUAAGCCGAGGCUCAGUUUCUCCCGUUAACGAACAGUUUUACUUUCGACCUGCGUCUUCCGUUGCUUCCCCUACUUCAUCAGAACCGGUUUAAAUUUGAUUCCUUCUAUUUUUGUAACGUACGACACGCGGAUGCUACCAGAAGCGACGAGUUGCUUUUGGCAGCAUUCUUAUAUAGGUUUAAAUCUUAAUUAAAUCUCAUGUGAUCACUAGUAUACAAGUCAGACCUGAAACGUUGUUCAUGUAGAGUUGUUGCAUUAGUUAGUAGACUCAUAUCAAGUUUUUCUUCUGUUAAAUUAAGGUUUCAAGACAAAUCUAACAAAGUAUUCUUCAGUCUUAUUUAUUUACAUAGACUAAAGUGUAGAUAAAUAAUGUAUUAUUAAUAUGUAAAUGUUGUUUGCUUUUUUUAUUUAUUAUAGGAAUCCUAGUUUGUUUAGAGUUUUCUAGUGGUUAUUUUCUAUCAUAAUAUUUAUUUAUUUAUUAAAGGAUGAUAUUAUUUAACAAAAAUUGGAUUGAAAGUGUUAUAAAAGUACUGUUUACUACUAAAAGUAGCAAUUGUUCAAGUUUAAAUGAUUUUAAUUAUCAGUUGACUCUCAGUCUGCCACAUUAAGUCAAGACAAUGUGUAGCGUUAUAAUUUUAGGUUGAGUUUGUGUGAAUUGUUAGAAUUGUAUGUUGAAUUUGGUGAUUUUAUAAAAAAUAUACAACAAGUGAAACUUU